AUGUAUCCCGACGAUUUGAAAGAUUGUGCAUGGCUACCCAUCAAAACACUAAUGUGGCAUAAAACAAAACGAGGACUGAGUACUAUUGGAUAUACACAGCUAACGGGAAGUUUUCUUUUUUCCAAAGAUAUCUUUCCGAACGAACAUUUCGGUUUUAAUAGACGCAAAUUCAUUGUCAGCUUAUUACCAUGGAAGCCGUUUAUCGUUCAUGAUAUUAAAACAAACAACUAUACAGGAUUUUCGAUGGACCUUCUUCAGGAGCUUGCCAAUGAAUUGAAUUUUACGUAUGAAUUGACAUCCCCACCAGAUGGGCAAUGGGGUACAGAGACACCAAAUGGUUCAUGGACAGGGUUGGUAGGACAACUUCAACAACGGGAUGUAGACAUAGUGGCUGCUCCUUUGACAAUACAGACAGACAGGGAAAACGUUAUAGAUUUCACAUAUCCAUAUUUCUAUGAACCAUCCGUUAUCCUAAUGAAAAAGCCUGAUCCAAAUUUAACCAAAUGGAGAACACUGAUAGAUCCAUUCAGUACUACUGUCCUGUUAUGUAUAUUUGUUUCCUUGCCAAUUUUAUCACUCUUCCUUUUCUUCUUCGAAAAGUAUAAUCCAUACUACAGAACAGUAGAGGACAGGAGUAAAGUGACAGGAUUGCAUCAUUUUUCAGACUCUUUUUGGUAUAUGUAUGGUGCUUUAUUGACCCAAGGUGGUGCACAUAUGGCAGAUUCGUCAUCAGGCCGAACACUUUUAAGCUUUUGGUGGAUAUUUUGUAUAAUUAUGAUGGCUACUUAUAGUGGUAACCUAAUUGCCUUCCUGACAGUGACAAAAGACAAACUACCUUUCACAGAUCUGUCAGGACUUGUUGCACAGGAUAAAUAUAAAUGGGGAAUACAAGGAGGAGCUAUUUUUGAACAAAUUUUCAAGACAUCGGAAAUACCGGAGUAUAAAAAAAUAUGGAGUGGAGUUGUAGAGUACAAUAAAACUGACACAAGAGUCCUGAGUUAUAUAGGUGAUGAACAUAUAGGCAAAGUACUAGAAGGAAAUUAUGCGUUUAUAGUAGACAAAACGUUCUUUGAUAUGACCAUGAUCAAUAAUUGUGAUUUGGCCAUGACUUUAGCUGAAGUACUCCAAUUACAGUAUGCCAUGGCACUACCAAAUAAUUCACCAUUUACAAAGAUUUUUACUGACGAAAUAAUUUCAAUACAUGAAAGUGGAUUACUUCAGAUAUGGAGGUUGAGACAUUGGCCAAAACCUGGAAAUUGUAAAGAAUCUCUUCUUAAAGAGUCUAAUGCCAUAACACUUAUAGAUGUUCAAAGUGCGUUUUAUUUGAUAGGAAUUGGCAUCUUUGUGGCUUCAUGUUCCUUGUGCAUGGAGUUUUUAAAACAGAAGUACUGUAAAUGGAGAGAAAAAAUUGGCAAGGGGAAAGAAAAACCUCAAACAAUUAGACAUGUGAGCACAAAACCGAAAUAA